AUGCCAGAGCUGCGGAGCGGGGUACGUCGAAGAGGGCGCGCUCCAGCGCAGCCGCCGGCGCUGUCUUUAGAACGUCCGACAAGAAAGCCGAGGGGGCGCGCGGCGAGGGGAUCGGAACCAUCCAAGGGGCCGGAGACCGCCCGUGGGAGAGGCAGGUCUGUGGCGGCGAAGGGGACCGCGGUUACUCCUGCGCCGAAGACUCGUGGAGGGGCUACCGCAGGCACGGAUACAGGUGCGGAGGGGAAGCCAAGAACAAGGCUAGCGGCGGCGAGGCUGGUGUUGGUCGAGGAGGGGAACGUAUCCGAGCAGUUAAAGUACGUCGUGCUAGAAGGAGAAAAUAUCAAGGGACGGACAAGAGGUGACGGACAAGAGGAAGUAAGUGCCAGGGAAGAGAGCCCCAGAAAGAAAGGAAACAUGGGCGACGACAGUGGUGGUCUGAGCGCCAAUAAGGCAGCGGGUCAGGAGGAAGAGGGAAGCACUGCCCCCUUUCCAGAGAGGGUAAUCUCCCCAUUUGAAAUAUAAGAAAAGUUACUUUGUUUGUUUGUUAUAUCUUUGUAUAGUAUUUUUUCCUCUUGUUUUGUUGGAAGUUGUGUUUUCUUUUCUGUUUUCUCCUCAACUGUGCUGUAUCAGCCUUUUGGUGGCCUGCUUUACUUGUCACUUGUGUUGCAUCAGCCUAUUUUGUGUCUAUUUGAUGUAUACCUCACGAUUGUUCCUGCCAUCAUCCAACAACUGACUCCAUCUUAUUCGUUCUAUUUUCAAUUGUUAUAUGUUAACUAACCUUUCAUUAAUACGAAACAAAUUCCUCUGAUCGGUUUUACUGAAUACAUUUUAUCAUGAAUUUGUUCUAUUCAGGAUCAGCCUGCUUUAUUCUCUCUCAUAUAUAUUGAUGAAGAGGUACAGUAGCAUAUGAACAACUCUCGUAAACGAGUGAAGGACUAACCUUAAUUUUCAAAACUCGAUUCAUACUCAUGCAUUUCAGAACACUUUUUUUUCAAAUCUCAAAGCCUUUUAUAGGUCUGGUUCGUAACAUUUCCAUUGAUGUAUUGAAUACAUGAAAGUCAUCAUAACAGUCUACUACAUUGCCUUCAUAGUCAUUAUACUUGACUUUCCAUUCUCUCAAAUAAUGGAAGAAUACAGAAGAAUAUGUGAGUUUUUUUUAUCGAUCGUUUAGUUUUACUCCCUGAAUUUUCCUUGGUGUUCUUAUCCGGUUACUGUAUUCCAUCAUCUAGAAACUUAAGAUUUAAUUUCUAUCUAUUUCUGAUUCCGGGUUUUUUUUUCUCUUCCUGUUUUUAAUCAUGUGAAAGAUUGCUGAAUUCUCCCAUAUAUUCUUUUUCAGGUUCAGGUGGGAGGAUCCCCUGUGUAUAAGAUCGAGAGGAAAUUGGGCAAAGGUGGGUUUGGUCAGGUUUUUGUGGGUCGUCCUAUUUCGGGAGGCAGUGAAUGGACAAGUGGUCCUGGGGCAGUGGAGGUAUUACCUCUGCUGUUGUACUAUGUUUGAUAGUUUUCCCUUUUAGGUGGCUGUUUCAAAUUUGUUACAUUUCCAAAUUCAAUUUGUUAUUUGGAUUAAGCUCUCAUCAUUUUUGUAUUUUUCUAUAGGUCGCUCUGAAGUUUGAGCAUCGGAGUAGUAAAGGCUGUAAUUAUGGUCCUCCUUAUGAGUGGCAAGUGUACAGGUCGGAGCUCUAUUCUUGUUUCAUCCCGUUCAAAUAAUUUCCUUUUCACUUCUAAUCAGUAAAUGGUAACAUGGAUUUCCCCUAUUUUCUGGAGCAGUGCUCUUGGUGGCAGUCAUGGCGUCCCUAGGGUACACUACAAGGGAAGAUCGGGAGAUUACUAUGUUAUGGUAUGAAUUUAAAUCUUCUGAUGCAGCUGACAUUCUUUAUUGUUUGGGUAUGAGUUGUUUUUAAUAUCUGGGUGACAAUAAAGGUGCUGACUUUAUUAAGAUUCCCGGAUAUCUCUUUUGAAUAGGAUAGUUAAUACUAUUGGCCUGUGCGAAGGCUGAAAAUAUCAUUAUUAUGCGUUAUGGGAUUUGAAAAUUGUGGUUUUAUCUAUUGUGUGGCGCAUUAUACGAACAUUUUAGGAUUUCUGAUGCAUAAAUGUAUAUUUAAUGUUAGGCUUGUUCUGGUUUACAUGGGGGGUGAGUAUAUAGGUUUACUCUGGCCAUGGAAUCUGUUUGGAUGUAUCCCAUCAGUUCUUUUUCCACUUGGUUUGUAGUCGUUUUCAUACCAUUUCUAAACAAUGAUAUGCUCUGGAGCAACCUGCAGGUGAUGGAUAUGCUGGGACCCAGUUUAUGGGAUGCGUGGAAUUCUUCAGGUCAAACGUAAGUUUUUUCUAUUUUUAUUUUUUUUUAAUUCUUAUGAUACUAUGCCUCCCACCCCGCUAGUGUAAGCUUGUUACACCAUUUCUUUUCAAAAUUUCCUGAUAAGCACAGUUUUGAACAUGUGACCGUCACAUUAAAAAAUACUCAAUAUGAAUCAUAAUUUUUUUAUGCGAAUAUGAUCUUCAUUGGGGAAGAACCAACUGUAAUCCAAAUGAUCAACGGAAAGUUGGGGAAAACAAAAUCUUGUUGAUGGAUUCGUCUAAUAGAGAGUAUCUUGGCAGUGUCCACUUUAUGAUGAAUAUAAAGACACUGGGUUUUUUGAAUGAUUCAGAUGUCUUAUCAUUUGUUCUUUCCUGUAAGGUUUGAAAGGGCCUAGUAUUCUACCCUCUGACCUUUUUUUCCUAAUGUGCAUUUUCCUUCUCUCAUUAUUUUUUAAGGUUUUACUGGUGCUACUUUCAUUUGUCUCCUGUGUCAAAAUUGCCGAAUGCGUUUGAUUAUCAGAAUUGUCUACUUUAAUCUUCUUCAGUAUUUUAUGGAUUGGUUACUGGGCUUAUAAAUCCUCUGGACAUAAAGAUGGUUGUGCAGUUUUAUUAUAUGAUUAAAUAAUUUAAUUAUGUAUUGGUUCUAUAAUUUCAGGAUGUCCUCAGAAAUGGUUGCCUGUAUUGCUGUUGAGUCCAUCUCGAUCCUUGAGAAGAUGCAUUCCAAAGGGUAGGAACUCCCAUGAAAUCACCGUAGACAGUUUCAUAAAAGUUUUAUAUGAGAGUGUUAUAUAUGAUUUUUACGUUGCUGGAAAUGUCUUUUCAUCGUUAAUAUUAUUUACUGUUGGUAUCUUCGUAUUCAAUUAGGUUUGUUCAUGGAGAUGUGAAACCGGAGAACUUUCUGUUCGGACAGCCGUUGACGCCACAAGAGAAGAAAUUGUAUCUGGUCGACCUUGGUUUAGGUGAAAACAUCCUCACCUAGCUUUGUGAUCUUCUUACUGUUUUUCGAUUUUUCCAUAGAAAUGUAAAUGAGUUUUUUUGUCUAUGAAGCUACAAGAUGGAGAGACAAUUCCAGUGGGCAGCAUGUUGAGUACGAUCAACGCCCAGAUGUUUUCAGGUUAGUUGUGAUAUUUGUACUUGUGUGCUAGUCGAUCAAAUAUUACUGAACUUCUUAUAUGCUGCAUACUUCGUAUCUUACCUUUCUGUUUCCCUAUUUAGAGGGACUGUCCGGUAUGCCAGUGUUCAUGCCCACCUAGGAAGAACCGCCAGUAGAAGAGAUGACUUGGAAUCUCUUGCCUACACACUUAUCUUCCUUCAUAGAGGGAGGUUACCAUGGCAAGGGUAUCAGGUAUGCAGAUGCUUUGGAAUUAACUUUUCUUCCUAUGAAUUUUGUUCAAUCCAUUCAUUUCAUAACCUCGUGUUACUUGCCUUGCCUUACUUGCAUUUCAGGGGGAGAACAAAUCUUUCUUAGUUUGCAAGAAAAAGAUGGCAACUUCACCAGAAAUGCUGUGCUGCUUAUGUCCUCCAGCUUUCAAGCUAUUUCUUGAAACCGUGGUUAACUUGAAAUUUGAUGAAGAGCCCAACUACUCUAAACUAAUAUCCAUCUUCGAGGGUUUAAUUGGACCAAACCCAGCUCUGAGGCCCUUAAACACUGAUGGUGCUCAGAAGGUAACUGAUGAAGUACCGUGCUUUACGAUUAUCUUUGAAUGUUUUUUAUAACUAGAUUUAUUCUCUGAUAUCUGACGUGUGAUCUUUUUUUUAUUCGCCUGAAAUGGUAGAUUAUGUACCAAGUUGGUCAAAAACGUGCCAGGCUCACCAUUGAGGAAGAGGAAGAUGGCCUGCUAAAGAAGAAGGUCCGAGUUGGCGUUCCAGCUACCCAGUGGAUCUCAGUCUAUAACGCAAGGAUGCCUAUGAAACAGAGGUGGACAUUGUUUUCUUCUUCUCUACCUGAAUCUUUCACAUUUCUCUUCAUCAAGGCCAGUUGAAAACUUCAUUUUUUAUAAUGAAUUACUGUUUUUAAUUGUUUUGUGAAGAAAAUUAGCGAACUUACUUGCCACUGCCAUCAUUAAUGUUUCCAUGAACUGUCAUCACUGCUCUUUUUUCUUGGCCAAACUCUCUUCUAGAUCAUCUAUAAGUAUUACUGCUAAAUACUGUGGUCACUGCCUCCGAGAUCACUGCUGCUGAUGUCCCUACACCUCUCUCUCUUCUCCUUUGUCUACUUUACUUGGUUGAGCAAAUUUUAUUUAUUUAUUACUUGGUUGAGCAAGUUACUAUCAUUGGCAAGUCCUCGUGAGCCCUUCUUAGUGUGGUCGUGAUUGGAUUAGUAGUAGGACUUGCAUAUAUGGUCUGUAUUUAUUUGGGGGUGGAUAGUUCCAUGGGUAUAUAUUCUUGGUAUGAUUUCAACAAUUUCCUGUUCUUGGACAUCUAAUGUUCUUGGAUUGAAGGAUACCCAACUGACAUCAGAAUUUCUAAAUUUUUUAUUUGAGGUUUAUUUAUUCAAAGAGGUCAAGAAAAAUAUGGGUGCUGAAUUUGUGCACUAUAACUAUUUUAAUUCUUAUUUAUUUUCGUGCAGUUAAUCUAUGCCUCGUGCACUCGGAAUUAUUUUGGAUCAUUUUUCUGCUUUUUUUUUUUCGUUCAAAACCGUGUCUAUCAGUUUACAGAUGGAAGGUGAGCUCUCUCCAUUGACGAGCCGAUUGUUUUCUGCUUCUCCUGCCCUACCAGAUAUCACUACAAUGUGGCAGACGGCCGCCUUGGGCAGCACGUGUCCAGAGGGAACGACGAUGGCCUGUUCAUAAGCUGUGUGGCUUCUUGCUCCAAUCUCUGGGCCUUGAUCAUGGACGCAGGGACGGGCUUCACGUCCCAGGUCCACGAGCUUUCACCAUACUUUCUGCACAAGGUAUCUUCUCUCUCUCUCUCUCUCUCUCUCUCUCUCUCUCUCUGUUUCUUUCUCUCUCGGACGUCUCUCUCUAUGGCUCUCUGGUCGUCACUCACUCAUCUGCGGUGGUCGAGGUAGGAAUGGAUCAUGGAGCAGUGGGAGAAGAACUACUACAUCAGUGCCAUCGCGGGGGCCACCAAUGGGAGCUCACUCGUGGUGAUGUCGAAAGGUCAGCAAGCUGGGUGGUUGACUUUGACUUUGAACCCCCCACCCCCACCCCCCCUCAUAUCGAUUCCCGGGCAUUGACUGAUACUCUCCCUCUCCCCCUGUGAACGACCAUCUCCAGGCACGCAGUACACCCAGCAGUCGUACAAGGUCAGCGACUCCUUCCCCUACAAGUGGAUAAACAAGAAGUGGAGAGAGGGCUUCCACGUGACCUCCAUGGCCACCUCCGGCAGCCGUUGGGGCGUCGUCAUGUCCCGCAACGCUGGUUUCAACGACCAGGUAGAACUCUUCCCCCUCCCGCCCCCCCAUCUCCCCUUUUGCUAUCGUCUUCUUGUUCUUGUUGUUGAUGGUGACGGGAGAUCCUGCGCAGGUGGUGGAGCUGGACUUUCUGUAUCCGAGCGAGGGGAUCCACCGGCGGUGGGACACGGGCUACCGGAUAACGUCGAUGGCGGCCACCUGGGACCAGUCGGCGCUGAUAUUGAGCGUGCCUAAGCGCAAGCCGGCGGAUGCCACGCAGGAGACCCUGCGCACGUCGGGCUUCCCCAGCACCCACGUCAAGGUUCCCAUCGAUUCUCUCUCUUUAGCUCGCUCGUCGCCCACCGUCGUGUGGAGAAAACCCUGAUGGUGUGUGGUUGUUUGUGCAGGAGAAAUGGGCGAAGAAUCUCUACUUGGCGUCUGUCUGCUAUGGGCGGACCAUCUCUUGA